GACACGACUUUGCAUGUGGAGUGGAAUGAGGUGAAGGCCCUGCCUGCCCUCUCGCCCUUGGGGAGCACCAGGACGUCGCUGGUCCACAGGCUGGUUCGGCAGAGCUCAGUGGACAGCCAGGACUCUCUCGAGGUAAAUGUUGAAGACACUGUCGAAAUGUUACCCAAGUCCCGGCGAGCGCUCACAAUCCAGGAGAUCGCUGCCCUCGCCCGGUCCUCCCUGCACGGUAUCUCGCAGGUGGUGAAGGACCAUGUCACCAAGCCCACGGCCAUGGCGCAGGGCAGGGUGGCACAUCUCAUCGAGUGGAAAGGCUGGUGCAAGCCCACGGACUCCCCGGUGGCUCUGGAGAGCGCCUUCAACUCCUACUCGGACCUGAGCGAAGGGGAGCAGGAGGCCAGAUUCGCAGCAGGUGUGGCCGAGCAGUUUGCCAUUGCCGAAGCCAAGCUGAAGGCCUGGUCCUCCGUGGACGGGGAAGACUCCAACGACGAAUCCUACGACGAGGACUUUGGGACAAACACCAACAGCACCCAGCCAGCUGAUGCUGCAGGCCAGCUGCCGCCCGGCUCCUUCCUGAAGGAUCUCCUCCACAGCCGCCUGUGCCAGCUCAGCGUCCGGCAGGGCUCCUGCGAGCCCGAGAGCGACUCCUCCCAGACCAUCUCCCCGGAGACCCUGUGCUCCAGUCUGUGCAGCCUGGAGGACGGGCUGCUGCUCAAGGAGCUGGGCUCGCCGGGCGAACUGGCCGCCAAGCUGCUGGGCUCCCUGGCCGGAGGGGAGGAGCUGCUCCCUCAGACUGGAGAAAGUGCCUUCCGGAGCCUGGGACAGCUGGAGUGCCAGGACUCCAUGUACUCCAUGUCCUGCACGGAGUCCUGCCUCUCGCCCACGGAGGACGACAGCCUGCCCUGCAAGGACUACCACACGGCGUGCAAGCUGCACGGGGACAGCUGCGGGGUCAGGAGGAAAGUCUCCGACGUGGCCUCGUCGGGGGUGGUGUCACUGGAUGAGGAAGAGGAGGAGGAGGCUGAAGAGCAGUGA